AUGAGGACGCGUUCGUGGGCAAGGACGUCGUCGCCCCGCUUCACACUCAACCCGGCGGCGGACCUGCAUCGAGCCAUGUCCGAGUCCUCGUCACUGUCCUCAAGCCUGACACCCGAGACUGCUACGCUGGCACCGCACGACGGCCUUGCUUCGACGCUGGACGCGGCAACACCUCGGACGCUGCUCGAUCGGCCGGCGACGACGGACAGGCCCAUCAGCGGUCACGAUGCGCCUUUCAGCCGCAACAAGUUUGGCGACCACGAGCAGGGCAGGCACAGCGCCUGGACCUGGCAGAGUCAAGCGGUCUCAACGAGCGUCAGGGCGAGCGCCAGCCCCGACGCGAUGCAGCCGCCCGCUCUCAAACGCCGAAACCUGGACGUCUAUCUGUCGAACGAUCCUACGGAGCAUGGCGGUGACGGGCCAAGCGGGAGCUUCCACCUCGGCGACAGCGACGGGAAUCGCGACGCCUCGCGCUCAACAUCGGUGGCUGCGACCUCCAUCGCCGGGACUCUGUCGCCGAGAGGCCGUUCGCAGCUCACCCACCCUUCGGAGGCGUCAAGCUCACAUGACAAGGGCAAGGCGAAGGACGGGGACGAGGACGAGUACGAAGAGUCCAGCUCCGAAUCCGAGCCCGGUCGCCGCAAGACCAGCGCCGCCUUCCGACCACGAGGGCGCAAGAAGCGCAACAAGUGCAGCCCGGAGCAGCUCGAAUCGCUCGAAGCCUUCUUUGCCAAAAACCGCAACCCCACAGGCAAGGUCCGCGAGGAGCUCUCCAAGAGGCUGCGGAUGCCCGAGAGGAGCGUCCAGGUCUGGUUCCAGAACAGACGGGCCAAAGUCAAGACGCUCGAGCGGCGCGGGAUGGACCCCGCUUCCUACACCCCGCCCUCACGGCGCAAGCAGGCGGACGUCAGGUCCGACGAGGCGCCAAAGGAGUCGACCGCGAGCACCGAGGCGAAGACGAAGACGACGUCCAAGACGCCGACAACGACAGCCUCGCGCAGCGCGACUCGCGUCAUCGAGAAGCAGCCAGUGCAGACCUCCGUGACCGCGCUCCCGACCACCGCGCUCUGCAUCGGCAGCUGGCGCCGGAUCGCCCCGCUAGUCUGCUUCUUUUCGCGUCGGCUGCAGAUGCUCUCGUGGUACCUCAACUCGGACGCAGUGGGCUUCAAGCUCGAAAUGUCUUGGACGUCGAUCAAGUCUUGCGUCUUCGACGGACCGACGCAGCCAACGCUGGCCGAGCGCCAGGAGGGGAUCCGGCAGCCGCUCGGGCACUUUCUGGUGGAGCUGACGGCACCGCCGACCUUCUUCAUGGAGGUCUUUCGCUCCGUCGACCCGGGCGCCGGAGGCGAGAACAAGGCGCGCAAGACGUCGUGGAGGCAGUGCGCCGACUUCACCGAAGGUCAGCAAGCGACCAAGCACCGCGUCCACCUCCUCAGCGGACCGUACGACGAGCUGAGAAGGGCCGUCGUCGAGUUCACCAAGAGCAACCAGGCCCUCGAGAAGCUGGUCCGCUUCCGCGACGCCGAACGCUUCGAGUCGAGCGGGGAUGCCGCAGCCACGGUCGACGAGUCGGCCGACCCGCUGAGCAGCGCGUUGCAGCACAUCGGCGCCGACCUGAGGACUGCAGACGUCUCCGCCUUCGACUCCUACGAAGGAGGCACGAGCAGCGCGCUGCAGACGACGCCGUCCCGCGGCAUUGCGGCCGACUGGGCCGCAGCUCAGGCCACAGACUGGCAGGACCACCAGCUGCCGCCGAUCAGCAACGAAGGCAGGCCCGCCUGGUCACUUCAACAUCAGGGGAGCCCGCUGGACACGCUUCCGGCGAUCACUGAGCAGGCCGGCGCAUACACUGGCUACCCAAACCCGGGCUCCAGCUCGCUCAGUACCUCUGAAGGCUAUCACGCCCUUCACGAAGCCCACGCUCGCCACCUGCCCAGUCCGCACCAGGGCUUUGGCCACGGGGCCGCCAAUGCCCUGCAGCUCGACACCUCGGCCGCGACCUCGACUUCAACGCAAGCUGAGGCCUCACAGCUUGCCUACGCUGGGGCUACCGUCGAGCAGCACCACGUCAGCGCGGUCGGUUUCCCUGCGCCCGCUCCCGCCUGGGCUCCUCUUCAAGUGGCACCAGACCGGCAGCCGCAACCUGCCGCAGGCAUGCGUUGGACGCCACAGCUUGAGCCGCAGGCUCAGGAGCAGCCGGUCAGUUUUCCCGCGUACAGCUCGCAGGCAAACGGACACGGGUAUCCAGAUCGCCAUCAUCUCUACCAACACCACCAGCCGCAGCAGCACCAGCACCAGCAGCACCAGCAGCACAUCGAGGCGCCUCAGCACAACUUUGAUAGCCCAGAGGCGGCUCAUCGGAGAUAUCGAUCGACGCUGCAAGACUACCGAUCUUCCGAGCUAGACCACCAGACCGACCCGGCGCGCUACUCGCUGGCUGCUGCGAGACACUUCCAGGACACAGCCAGCGAUUCCGCCCCCCUCUACCCGCCGAACACGUCGUCCUCUGCGACGACGACAGCCUACGCCGGCGAGACCUGGCGGAGGGAAGGACCGGCGUCGGCCCAAUACGACCAGGCAAACGACGGCCGAUUCGCAUACGAACGACCGAGCACCGGCGGCGACGAGGCGCAGAUGCACCGUCCUCAGUUCCUGUCUUCGCUGCAGCGAUGA